AUUUUAUAAUUCCUGAUAUUCUUAUGGAUAAGUGAACAAUUGUUCCCAAAUUAGCUGUCAAGAGAUGCUUAUACAGUAUCUUCCAAGACUAGAAAACAAACGUAUCAUAUUGGCUAGUCGUUCACCCAGAAGACAGGAAAUACUAAGGCUGCUUAAGUUGCCUUUUGAAGUGUUUCCAUCUUCUUUUCCGGAGAACUUUGAUCCCCUAAGGUAUUCUAGUCCAACUGUAUAUUCGGUAGAAAACGCAAAGAACAAGGCCUUGGAUAUUUUGGAACGUUUGUGUACAGAAAGAAAGCAGGAUUCAGAUAUUGAUCUCGUUAUUGGUGCAGAUACUGUGGUUGAAAUAGACGGCCAAGUACUUGAAAAACCAGAGUCAGAAGCCUCUGCAGUUGAAAUGCUACAACUUCUGAGUGGUAGAAAACAUCUGGUUCAUAGCGGCGUUUGUUUAUAUUGGAAAAGUUGUAAAAGCAACUGGAGUUUGAUUACUUUUAGUGAAACCACUGAGGUAGAAAUGGCAAGAAUUAGUUCUUUAGAAAUCCUUGCAUAUGUUAAGACAGGCGAGCCUAUGGAUAAGUCUGGUGCCUAUGGUAUACAAGGUAUAGGUGGUUCUUUUGUAAAGAGUAUUCACGGUUGUUAUUUCAAUGUAAUGGGAUUACCGAUGCAUCAUCUUGCUAGAAAAAUUGCACAACUUUGUGAAGAAAAGAAUUUUUGACUUUGUACAAAGGAAUAAACAAAUGGACUCAAUAAUUUUCACUCAUCCAAUUCACAUUGAGUAGCAUUUGAUACGGACAUUUUAGAAUGUUGUUUUCGUUCUUCUAUUUCGGAAAUGAUAUAACUUGUAUGUUUCUGGAAGAAUAGUAAAGUUCCAUGAAUUUGG